AUGCUGCAUUUCAGGAACAAGAGCAGGAGGCUUCUUCGGAUAGUGUUCACUCGGUGGCGCCGUCACCAACUAAACCAACUCCAGGGCAAGCCUUCAGAUCUGAUAGCCAAGUCAGAUCCAGGUGUUCGGCGACGCACAACGUCGUCUGAACACAUAAACUUGGAAGAUUUUAAGACCAAUGAUCCGGUGAAAGAGCAAGAAAGGAUAACAUGUAUUACGCCAGUAGCAUUGAAACACAUACUGGAUACCUUGCAAAAUGUUCAACGCCAGAAUGAACAUUUGCAAGCUCAGGUGGAAUACUUGAAUCAGAUGAGAGAUUUCAAACAGGGACAGCGCCUUGAGGCGGAGGAUGUAGUUGAAUUCCAACCUUUUGUGCCCGCCGUCACAACCGUUGAAAUACCCAAGCAUUUACAGACAAUGGCAUUGGACGCCUUUUCAGGCGAUUCUGAUCCUAUGGAGAAUUUGAGGUACUUCAACACCAAAAUGGUUAUUGUUGGGGCGACGGAUGAGGUGAAGUGCAGAUUGUUACCCUCAACGUUUAAAGGGAUGGCGAUGCAGUGGUUUAUUAGACAACCACCUUUCUCAAUUGCCAAUUUCACUUAUUUGUCCACUAAAUUCUUAACUCAAUUCUCAGCUGGCAAAACAACAAAGGCAACUAUGUUUGAUCUCAUAAGUAUACACCAACAACCAGGGGAAAAGCUUAAGACAUACAUGGCGCGAUUCAGCAAGAUGGUUGUCCAAUUGGAGGAAGAUAGUCCAUAUGUGUGUCUGGCGUCUUUCAAAAAUGGGCUCCGGGCGGGAGAUUUGAAUCGAGAUUUAACAAGGCGCCCAACGGGUGAUAUGAUGGAUCUCCGUGCCAGAGUUCAGGAAUUUAUUUUGAUAGAGCAAGAUGAUCAAAGUAAGCAAGAAAGAGAAGAUGGGAAGAAAGAUACCCAGCCAGGCGCGACGUCACAAGAAAAGCCUAAGGCUGAGAAAGAUACAAGGUUAGCCCAGACCCCACGCAUACCAAGACCUGGCCCAUAUCACAACACAAAACCAGGAUUCCAAAGCAACACUUGGCAUAGGAAUACACAAGGAGUUUCCCCAAAUCAGUCUGCUCAGCCAGCCACCGCGCCAAAUGUGGCGCCACUCACCAAAUUGAAUGCCUUGAGCACAAUAUUGAGGGAUGUGGGUCAGACGAAUGUUGUGCAAUAUCCACCGCCACCUCGGCGACCACCAUCUAACGUCGAUAUAAACAGAUGGUGCGAACUCCACAAGGCCUUAGGGCACACAACCGAUAACUGUUGGACUUUGAGGCGUGAGAUCGAUCGGUUGAUUAAGGCGGGACAUUUGACGAAUUUUGUCAAAGAUGCUGUCUCACAAGAUUCCACCAAGAUAACUCAGGCUGAUAAAGGAAAAGGAAAGGAGGUGGUGGAAGAGUUGGGCGAUCCUGUAGGCGAAUGCUCGUCAAUCGCGGGCAGAUUUGGAGGUGGCGUGAUUUCUAGUAAGGCCAAAAAGAGGUAUGUGGACGCGGUAAAUUCCGUUCACGAGACAUAUGAGGGUGAAUGUUGGUUGAAUCACUCUCCCAUUACAUUUACUCCUCAAGAUUUUGCUCAUGUAAUCCCACAUGACAAUGAUCCAAUUGUGGUUACAAUCAGAGUCAACAAUUAUAAAACAAGGAAGGUAUUUUUAGACCAAGGAUCCUCGGCUGACAUUAUUUAUGGUGACGCAUUUGAUCGCGUAGGUCUAAAAGAAUCAGAUUUAAAGCCAAACAAAGGAACUCUGGUGGGGUUCACAGGGGAUCGUGUCAACGUACGAGGCUAUGUGGAGAUACUAACCGCUUUCGGCGAAGGAGAAUUCGUCAAGAAAUUCCAAGUCAAAUACUUGGUACUCGCUUGUAGGGCGAAUUAUAACGCACUCUUGGGGCGGGAUACCCUCAACAAGUUAUGUGCUGUGAUUUCCACCGCCCAUUUAACUAUUAAGUAUCCGACUUGCAAUGGGAAAAUUGGGGUUAUGCGCGUGGAUCAAAAUGCGGCAAGGGAAUGUUAUCUGAGAAGUGUGACGCUCUAUGGGAGAAAAGCUGUCAAGGAAAGCCAUAGGAUCACAGAAAUUUUUCCUCAAGAGGGGUUCACUUUGGACCUAAGGGAUGAUGCCGACGAUUUCCUCCCACAGCCUUCGGAAGAAACUAAGUUAGCACAAGCUAAGGACAAGAUACUAAAAAUCGGUAGUAGCUUGACGAAGGAACAGGAGGGGAGAUUGAUCGCCCUUCUGGGUGAUAAUCUGGAUUUGUUUGCUUUGAUGAUCAAUGAUGUACCCGGGAUUGAUCCCAACAUAAUCACUCACAAGUUGGCUAUACGGCCAGGAGCGAAACCCGUCAUCUAG